GACCACUGUGGAGAGAUGCUGUGGGGACUCGUCCGACAGGGACUCAAAUGUGAAGGCUGUGGUCUGAACUAUCACAAGCGCUGUGCCUUUAAGAUCCCAAAUAACUGCAGCGGGGUGAGACGGCGUCGACCAUCCAACAUCUCCCUGACAGGGGGGCUGGUCAACAUGGGCCGCCCCCUCUCUGCGGAGCCCUCACCACCUCACUACACCGACGAAGCUUUACUGUCUCCUGUCAGUCCGAGCAUGGAGCACAAGAACCAGUUGGAGUACUUCCCCGGCAGAGAGCGUCGUUCCAGCUCCCAGUCGUACAUCGGCCGCCCCAUCGAACUGGACAAGAUCUUGCUGUCAAAGGUCAAAGUUCCUCACACCUUCCUCAUCCACUCGUACACCCGACCCACCGUCUGCCAGCACUGCAAGAAGCUGCUGAAAGGCCUCUUCAGACAGGGACUGCAGUGUAAAGAUUGUAAAUUUAACUGUCACAAACGAUGCGCUCCCAAAGUGCCGAACAACUGUCUGGGAGAAGUCUCUAAAAACGGAGAGCUCCUCAGCCCGGGGGCGGAGUCAGAUGUCAUUAUGGCGGAGGGUUGCCUGGACGACCACGACCUCGACAGAGGCGGUGGCCUGUUAGACGACAUGGAUGAAGCACUGACAUCAGAGGGGGGUCUGUUGCUGGAGACGGGGCCAAGCGACCUCUGCGACCUGCAGGACCCCGACCUGGACGAGUCCAACCGGGCCAUCAGCCCGUCCACCAGUAACAACAUCCCUCUGAUGCGAGUUGUUCAGUCCGUCAAACACACAAAGAGGAAGAGUAGCAACGUGAUGAAGGAGGGUUGGAUGGUCCACUGCACCAGCAAAGACACUCUGAGGAAAAGACACUACUGGCGGUUGGACAGUAAAUGCAUCACGUUGUUUCAGAACGACACCGGAGGGAAAUACUACAAGGAGAUCCCUCUGUCAGAGAUCUUGUCUCUGGAACCGGCCCAGACCGUCUCUCUGCUCCCCGAUGGCGCUAACCCUCACUGCUUCGAGAUCGCCACGGCGUCGCUGGUUUACUUCGUCGGAGAGAACCUGCAGAGGGCGGAGUCGUCCGUGAGCGGCAGCAGCGUUCUGGUCAGUGGGGUGGGGCAGGAUGUGGCUCGGAUGUGGGAGAUGGCCAUACAGCACGCUCUGAUGCCGGCCGUUUCCACAGGAGUUUCUCACGGUUCUCACCACAGCGGACACAAGGAAAUUUCCAUCAGCAUUUCAGUGUCUAACUGUCAGAUCCAGGAGAACGUG